UAUUCUUCUAGCACAGCUGCCGGACCUAAAGAAACCGUUGUCGGCUUUCGUAACGCUGCAGCAUCCGAAACAAUUCGCGAAUCUCAACGAGGUGUCAUGCCCGACGAAAUUUCUUUUUCUACUACUUGCUCCGGACUUUCACAGCAUGGACGAGCUUCUGUCCAUCGGCCAGUGCGCAGGGGCCCUGCUGACUGAUCCUAACUUUCGGCUUGUAGCUUCUUACUCACAGGACGUCACGGAAAUCGUCUGCGGCAUUGACGAAUUCUACAGGGAUUCGAUCAUGAUCCCUCCGGGAAAAUGGCACUGUGACGUUAGGCUGGAACCGAACGAACAAAUUCAAGAAAUCGAGGUUGAAAAGAAAUUGCCAGUCUUGUCGUCCGACAACAUGAUAGAUCUUGAAGGUCUACAAUACACUGGGAAGAUUUUUGGUGGACUGAUGGAGGAUAUCAAAAGAAGAAUGCCAUAUUACCUGUCUGACUUUAAAGAUGGCUUUUCUGGCUGGCGGGCAUUUUCUCAGUGCAUGGCUGCGGCGUUUUUUCUCUUCUUUGCUAAUCUAACCAAUAUUAUUGCCUUUGGAGGCAUCAUGGGCAGUCUGCUGGACAAUAAUAUGGCCGUAACGGAAUGCAUCAUCGCAGCGAUCAUUAGCGGAUGCCUGUUUGGCUUUUUCGCGGGACAGCCAUUAUGCAUCAUGUCCGCCACGGGGCCGGUGCUGAUGUUCGAAGCGUUGUUUUACGAAUUUUGCACGUGCGUUCUAGUAACUCACAUGAGCAGUGAUUUAGUUUUACCGGUGCCUUCGGAUUUCAGAGAACGGGACUGGCCAUUUCUCCCGGCUAGAUUUUGGCUAUGUUUCUGGGCUGCCAUAAUCCUGCUGAUUCUGGUCGCCGCUGACGCUUCUUUCCUUGUUGCGUACAUAACGCGCUUCACUGAAGAAACCUUCGCCACGCUGAUCGCCGUCGUCUUCAUCGUGGAGUCUUUUGAGGCAAUGGCGCAAAUUGGCCAAAAGACUCCGUUUACAAGGAAUUACGAGGCGCUUUUGGCAGAUCCAUGUGUCUGUAACGUCAUCACAAACGAAACGUUCGCAGUGUAUAAAAACUUCACCUCCACCGAAUGUGAGAAGAUGAACGGCACUCUCAGUGGCUUACAGUGCAACUUCAAACCAGACGUCUUUUCGUUUUCGAUCGUGCUGUUUUGUGGCGGCUUUCUGUUUUCCUUCUGGUUGGACAAGUUCAAAGACAGCCGCUUCUUUACAAACCGAAUUCGAGAAAUGAUAUCAGACUUUUCUCUACUUUUAUCCAUAUUCAUCAUGACCUUGAUAAAUUAUCUGGUAGCCCUACCGAUUCCUUCCUUGACAGUACCAACGGAAUUCAAGGUAAGCUCAUUCGCAUUCAUGUUCCAUACGAUAUUGCAAACCUUCAUCCUGCAGCCCACGUUCGACCGUAGCUGGAUAGUGAACCCGCUUCACAUUGGACACUGGUCAGAGCCAUUGAUCAUAUUCUUCCCUGCGUUAUUGUUGGUCGUGCUGAUAGUGAUGGACCAACAUGUGACGACCGUAAUGCUGAACCGGAAGGAAAAUCAGCUCAGGAAAGGAUUCGGCUAUCAUCUGGAUCUGCUGGUGGUAGUAAUUUUGACGAUCAUCGCUGGCAUAAUGGGAAUACCGUUAUUUCUAUCUGCCACUAUCCUGUCGCUGACACAUAUGCACGUACUCCGGAUGAACUCUAAAAACACAGCCCCGGGAGAUAAGCCUAUAUUUUUGGGAGUACGAGAGCAGCGUUUUAGCACAGUGUUUGCACACAUACUUAUGGGUCUAUGUAUUUUAAUGGCACCAAUAGAAAGGCACAUACCAAUUCCGGUUCUGCUUGGCAUUUUUCUAUACAUGGGCAUCAGCUGUUUGGUGAAUAUAGAGUUUUUUCAACGUAUCCUUCUUUUCUUCACACCAAUGAAAAACCAGCCAAACUUUAGUUAUCUUCGACUGGUUCCCGUUCGAAGAAUACAUAUGUUCACUGUAUUCCAGAUAAUCGGCCUUGCAGCGCUGUGUAUUGUAAAUUACGUCGACGUCAUCGAGCUGUUCUUCCCUCUUAUGCUCAUCGCUUUGGUUGCUCAGCGAAAAGCGUUGGAGUGGUGCUUCAACGAACAGGAGCUGUGCAUUUUGGACGAUCCUUUGCCGCCAUGGAAAAUGCUGAGAAAAUCUACUCCUCUAGACAGCAGUUAUGCUACGAAACUUAUAAGAAAUUUUGGACUGUCCAGCAAAGAAUCAUAUGCACUAUAACG